AUGGCUCCUUGGUUUUUGUUCAUCCUUGUUUCUGCUCUCUUCCCACUUUCCCCACAAGUCCACGGUCUCAACUACACCGAUGUGCAGGCGGCAGUUACGGAUAUGAGAUCAAAGUCUUACUAUGGAUUUGCAAUUCUUCUGCAGAUGCUAAACAGCACGUCGCAACCAUACCGGUCCUUAACUUUCUUGAUGCCAGGUGACUCCCAAUUAUCUGAAUCCCCAAUAUCAGUAGACCAUCUCGAAGAUUUCCUGAUAAGUCACGCUGUCACAACCCCUCUCCUUUUCAAUGACCUGUUACAUUUUCCAACCGGGAGCCUUAUACCGUCUGGUGCCGAGAACAAGAUGAUCAGAAUCAACAACCGUGGCAGAGCUAACUUCUUUGUCAACAAUGCGCAUAUUGUCACACCCAAUAUUUGCCAGAACUCUUACAUUAAGUGCCAUGGAAUUGAUACUGUAAUUCAGUACGAGAAUAGCUCAUACAUAAAUAGCUAA